AUGCUCUUUGUAAGCGAUCCAGCCGAUGCAAAGAGAUUCUGUCAGGACCACGAUUGCCCUGCGAAUUGGAACAACGCAAAUGAGAUGAACUGCUGUGUUUACCACGCCAACAUCCACUCCUGCCCCCUCGGUCUCAUGAAACAUGGGGGAAUAUGUGGGCCGUGGAUACCUGACGACGGCAAAAUAGUCACCCAUACUGUCUCUAAAGCAGGCAAGAUGUCUCAGAAAUACUGGACUUCAAAGGUGGUGCUGAUUCACGUGGGAGUGACCUCUGUCAUUGCCCAUAUUAAAAUUGGACAGAUGCAUGCAGCACUGGAAUCAAAAGUGCUGGUUGUCCCUGCUCAAGUGUGUGGAGAUGAUUUGUGUGAGCAGGAGGAGAACUGUCUUAACUGCCCAGCUGACUGCGGUAUCUGCCCCAUGUCGAUAGCCAUCAAACUGGCCAUUGGACUCCCUGUUGCCCUUUUCUGCAGUGGAUUCAUCCUAACCUUAGUGUGGCUUCAAUAUCAGAAGCAGAAAAUGUUUUGGGAUGAAAGUUGGAUCAUAAACUACAACAACAUAGUAUUUGGUAAACUCUGUUACAUGGGCAUUGGGAGUACAAUGACCCUGCAGCGCGCCAUGACCAACUCCACCGUGAGCCGGACCACUGAUGUCACUGUGUGCACUGGUGUCAACACCUCCUUCAAACCAGGUCUGAUCCAGCUGGGCAUCUAUGAUGGGAAGACUGUAGCUGUGAAGCACAUCCAGAAGAAACAUUUUACUCUAUCUAAGACCAUCAGGAAAGAGGUGAAAGAAGUCAGGCAACUGGACCACCCAAAUCUGUGCAAGUUUAUUGGAGGUUCCAUUGAAGUGCCAUAUGUUUGUGUGAUCACUGAGCACUGCCCCAAAGGAAGUCUGUCUGAUGUCCUGCUCAACGACGAUAUUCCCAUCAACUGGGGCUUCAGACUGUCCUUUGCCACUGAUGUUGCCCGAGGGAUGGCCUAUCUUCACCAGCACAAGAUGUUCCAUGGGAAACUCCACUCCAGAAAUUGUGUGAUUGAUGAUCGCUGGGUGUGCAAAAUCUCAGAUUAUGGGCUCACCGCUUACAGAAAAGGGGACUUUGAGGCUGUGAGUAAUGGUUUUAACUGUGGUGACGUCAACCGCGUUUACUGUGCUCCUGAGGUCCUACUGGGAAGCAGCUCCAACAUGACUCAGGGUGCAGAUGUUUACAGCUACUCCAUGAUUCUGGUUGAGAUUGCGACUCGCUCUGACCUCAUUUCAGAUCAGGCUGAGGGAGUGAGGAUUGAUAUCAUGUGGCGCCCCCCUCUGCCUGAAGUUAAAACAGGGAAGGCGGACACAGACUGCCCGAGUCAGACUGACUAUUGUGAGCUAAUAAAGAAGUGCUGGUCUCAUAACAUCACCAUGAGGCCCACUUUUGAGCAAGUGAAGAAGAUGCUUGACAAGAUGAACCCACACAAAGUCAGCCCAGUGGACAUGAUGAUGAAUCUGAUGGAGAAGUACAGUAAGCAUCUGGAGGCCAUAGUCGCAGAGAGAACACAAGACUUACUGCAAGAGAAGCAAAAGACUGACCGACUUCUGUACAGUAUGCUCCCAAAGCCAGUAGCUGAUGAUUUACGCCAAGGUCGAACAGCAGAGGCACAAAGCUUUUCCAAUGCCACAGUGUAUUUCAGUGACAUUGUUGGGUUCACCCAGCUGUCUGGUGCCAGCACUCCUCAUCAGGUUGUUGAUUUUUUAAAUCAACUUUACACCACCUUUGAUGAUAUAAUUGACAAUUAUGAUGUUUAUAAAGUAGAGACCAUAGGAGAUGCUUACAUGGUGGUCUCUGGUGUGCCCAAAGAAAAUGGCAUUAAUCAUGCAGGGGAAAUAGCCAGCAUGGCUCUAGAUUUGGUCAGUGUCUGUCACAGCUUCAAGAUUCCCCACAAACCCAACACUCAGCUGAAGAUACGAGCAGGGAUCCACUCAGGGCCAGUGGUUGCGGGAGUGGUUGGCACAAAAAUGCCACGAUACUGUCUAUUUGGUGAUACUGUAAAUACAGCCUCUCGCAUGGAAUCAACAAGUGAAGCUCUUAAAAUUCAGGUGAGCGAUACAACAGCAGAACUGCUCCAUUGUCUGAAAGGUUACUUCAUGACCUGCAGAGGAACGCUUAAUGUGAAGGAGCAGGUGCGUGCCUGUGGAUUUUGGAUCAGUCCACGUGAACCAGACUCGUAACCUGAGAGCUGUACAGCAACAAUGCCCGAGUCAGAGUCAUUUCUGGAUAUCAAGGACAGUCACUGCAGUCCUGUUGAAUAUAGAGCAUCUCCCCAAAGACUUAGCCAAUCAUCGCU